UCGCCGCUCCCGCAUCGCGCCAUGGCCGACUCCCCGCGCCGGAGGUACACAAGGUCCUCGAGGUCCCCUUCUCCUUACAAGGGACGCCAGAAGGCAAUGUCAAGGUCAAGAUCACCUGUAGCUCGAUCCCAAUCUAGAUCUCCGUCGCCUGAUCCUAGAUCUCAGGCCAGGUCAAGAUCGAGAAGCCCUGGGAGCAGGGAGCCUGAAGCUGUGAAUCAUGGAAAUACUCUGUACAUAACUGGACUUUCGUCUAGAGUGACGGAUAAAGAACUUAGAGAGUACUUCAAUAAGGAAGGAAAGGUGGUUUCUUGCCAUGUUGUUCUUGAACCCCAUACCCGUGUUUCUCGUGGGUUUGCCUUCAUCACCAUGGACACUGUUGAGGAUGCUGAACGCUGCAUCAAAUAUCUUAACCAGUCUGAAAUGCAAGGCCGAAACAUCACUGUUGAAAAGUCACGCCGAGGUCGCCCAAGGACGCCAACUCCUGGAAGUUAUCUAGGCCAUCGCUACGAGCGUAGAGAGAUGCAGCGCGGUGGUGGCAGAUUCCGCAGAGGCGGCUAUGGUGGCCGUGAUGACUACUAUGGCGGCAACAGCUACCGCAGGUCUCCACCUCCCAUGUACUCGUCCUACAGGGACACCCGAGACUACCCUCCCUACAGGGAUGCCCGGGACUACUCGCCACCCCCUAGGGACGGCCGAGACUACUAUGACAGCCGGGGUGGCGGUCGGGGAUACUCGCCUCAACGUUCCCCCCCUCCUUACGGUGGCAGGGCAAGAAGGGAGCGGUCUAGGUCGCUUCCUUACUCCCCAUACCGGAUGCCUGAGAGAGGCUAUGGUAGCCGCCGUGCUGGGGGCGGUGGCUAUGACAGGUGAGUUCUGUGCCGCUGGGUGUUGGUAGAGGCCUGAUGUUGAUCAAGUUGGAUGGAUGACAUUCUGUUGGUGAUGGCCUUCCUGGUGAUGAUGGGUGUAGUUGUACUAUCUUGGAACGAUAUAUUCAGGAUUUUCCCGAAUGGUGUACUGCACCAAGUUUGUAACUUAUGAAAUGGUCCUACCAAGGACCUGAGACGUUAUAUUCAGCAUCUUUGAACUGUUUGGAA